AUGGUCGCAAAAAGCCGUGGUCUCCAGCACGACGGCCCAAGUCACCAGCAUCAGCCUAGACGAAAACAGCGCAGCACUCCCCACCACCUCCGGCGAAGGCCAGGCCAUCUCCGGCACACCCGCUCCAGGCACUGCCAGCCGAUGACAAGGCCCAAAAAACUCAGAUCUGGCCCGAGAAGCGCAGACCGAGCCCGCUCCAACCACCAGCUCCCAUGCCGGCACCACCGAGAGGCAUCGCAGCCCGACCCCAACGCCGGGGCGGACGACCGACGCACCAGGGCACUCCGCCCUGGCAAGGCGUCCUCCGCGCCGCCGCCCCCAAGAUUGGGUCUUGCGCCUCCGACUCCUGGCAGCCCCGCCGCGCCACGCCGCAACCGCCGGGGGAGCCCCGCUGCUCGACCCCGAGCACGAGAACGGCGGCCGAUGCGCUCGGGCACUCCGCCCGGCCACGCAUCCUCCCGCCUCGCCGUCCCCGGGAUGGGAUCUAGCCGCGCCGCCACCCGGCCGCUCCGCCGCGUCCUCCCUCUCCUCUCCUUGCUGCUCGCCCGAGUCAAGGACCUCCGCUCGUCCGUGGGCUCCGCCGUGCGUCGCGCGACGACCUCCGGACCCGCGCCGCCGACCUCCCGCCGCCACCACCUCGCAGCCCUUAUGGCGUUUCCCUCCGCGCCAGGGAACCCGCCGGGCGCGCCGACCCAGCCCGCCGCCUUUGACGGCCGGGCGUGGCCGCCCACCGCCGGCGCCGGCGGCGGCAGCGGCCGGGGGGAGGAGGAGAUUUGGGGGCUUUUUCUGCUUAGGGUUCGGGCUCUCCGGAGCCGCUCGCGCGAGAGCAACCCGGGGGAGGAAUGGGUUGUUUGA